AUGCAGGAUGCAUAUGCAAGAUUUGACAAGGGAUGCAUGAACCUGGCCCCAACUUGGAAUACCAAGUGUGCCACUGGAAAGAUGAGCAUUUCGGGCAUCAAGAUUAACUCAAAUGAAAAUGAUGCAAUGGAACAAAAUGAUGUACUCUCUGAGACAAACAUUUUGAUAUGCUAUAUGCCCAAAACGGAGCUACGGAUGAGGAGAUACGACAUGAUGAACAAGGGCACCACGAUGAGGAGCCUGGCCACCGGAGAGCUGCUCCACGGCAUACCCACCGACAUAGGCAGCGUCAACGGGAUCACCGGUAGGCGUGGCGACUCCGAGGUGUUCGUUGAGUUCUCGAGCUUCCUCACUCCGGGGAUCAUCUACAGGUGUGAUCUCAGCUCCAGGGCUCCUAAGAUGAGCAUAUACAGAGAGAUCACCGUCCCGGGCUUCGAUCGCACGGAUUUCGAAGCAAAGCAGGUGUUUUACCCGAGCAAGGACGUGACCAAGAUCCCGAUGUUCGUGGUGUCGAGGAAGAAGAUCGUCCUGGACGGGUCGCACCCGGCGCUGCUCUUUGGCUACGGCGGGUUCGGCAUGAGCAUGACGCCGCAGUUCAGCGCGGCCCGCGUCAUCCUCAUGAGGAACCUGGGGUUCGUGACGUGCGUCGCCAACAUCCGGGGCGGCGGCGAGUACGGGGAGGACUGGCACAAGGCCGGCUCGCUCGCGAACAAGCAGAACUGCUUCGACGACUUCAUCGCCGCCGGUGAGUUCCUCAUGUCCGCCGGGUACACGAGCCCGAGCCGGCUGUACAUCGAAGGCGGGAGCAACGGCGGCCUCCUGGUCGCCGCCUGCAUCAACCAGCGGCCCGGUCUCUUCGGCUGUGCUCUGGCUCACGUCGGUGUCAUGGACAUGCUUCGGUUCCACAAGUUCACCAUAGGUCGUGCAUGGGCUUGCGAUUUCGGCUGCUCGGAGAAGGAGGAGGAAUUCCACUGGCUGCCAGUCCGGUCAUAA